UCUGUGCACCCCCUCUCUGCCUCCCCCGUCAGGCCCCCACUUGGUAGCACCCUUCUGAUCCCCUUAUCUCUAAGUCCUCAGGGAAACACGCUCCUGCAGGAGCUUUCUCGGAAGUGCUGCCCUGACUGCCCAGAAGCCAUGAGCCCGGCAACUCCGGUGCCGCCUGAUUCCACCCUGGAAAGUCCUUUUGAAGAAAUGGCCCUGGUGAGGGGCGGCUGGCUGUGGAGACAGAGCUCCAUCCUCCGCCGCUGGAAGCGGAACUGGUUUGCCCUGUGGCUGGAUGGAACUCUGGGCUACUACCGCGAUGAGACGGCCCAGGAUGAGGAAGACCGCGUGCUCAUCCACUUCAAUGUCCGUGACAUAAAGGUCGGCCAAGAGUGUCACGAUGUGCAGCCCCCAGAGGGCCGGAGCCGUGACGGGCUACUGACUGUGACCCUAAAGGAGGGCUCCAAACUGCACCUGUGCGCGGAGACCCGGGAUGAUGCCAUAGCAUGGAAGACGGCACUGCUGGAGGCAAAUGCCACCCCGGCCCCAGCUGGAGCCACCGUCCCACCCAGGAGCCGCCGGGUUUGCCCCAAGGUCAGGUGUGUGACCAGCUCAUGGAGCCCCUGUAAAGUUGAGAGGCGGAUCUGGGUGCGUGUCUACAGCCCAUACCAGGACUACUACGAGGUGGUGCCCCCCAAUGCACACGAGGCCACCUACGUCCGCAGCUACUAUGGGCCGCCCUAUGCAGGUCCCGGCGUGACGCACGUGAUCGUGCGGGAGGACCCCUGCUACAGCUCGGGCGCCCCGCUGGCCAUGGGCAUGCUGGCCGGGGCCGCCACGGGCGCCGCGCUGGGCUCUCUCAUGUGGUCACCCUGCUGGUUCUGAACCUUGGGACUCCGAGAGCUCGGGACCCCGCGCUUACCGCUAGCCCCCUUUACCUCCUGGAUUCCACCACCCACGCCCGCUCCCAUUUGACCCUCUCCUCGCCCUGAGCGCCUUCUGGGCUUGAGCCAUCUCCCCUUUUCUUUCCUCCUCCCCUCUCCCAACUCCAGAAGAAGCUGUCAUCUGAGGCAGGAACAUGGCUAGAAAUCCCCACAUCCGGACACCCCAGAAAUCCCCUACAGACGCAUAUGCAUACAUUUCCUGCAAACGCACCAGGAGACAGCAAACAACUUCAUCUGGAUUUAAAUCUCCCAGGCUCUGGUGUGACAACAUUAAUAGGGCUCCCUGCCUCUCCUGGGAGAGCGCCAGGCGUGGUGAGGGAAACGGGAGUAAACAGACACUUGACCAAGCUGCAGAGUCAUCUGUCCUUUGACAAGGCUGAAUAGGGGAAGUGCGUGAGGCAGGUAGGCUGGGAGCGCUGCUGUUGGCACAUCCAAAGAAUUAAAGCCGGGCGUGGUGGCGCACGCGUGUAAUCCCAGCACUUGGGAGGCUGAGACAGGAGGAUUGUUGCGAGUUGGAG